GUGGAAUAAGGUGAAAAGUGUUAUACUUGCAAAAUUUUUGUACUUCGAUUUGAUGAAAACAAUUAAAUUGAAAAUAAAAAAAAAUUAAUUGAAAAUCAACUACAAGGCAACAAUAUUGAAGCAAAUUUACAAAGCUGAUAAAUAAUUUGUGAUAAAAAAAAAACAGUUCAUAAAGGAAGAGCACAUCGUCAUUUAAAGUUUUUUAAACUACAUUAAAAAGCUAUAUUACACAUAUGAUAAAAAUCACACAUGAAUUAUUUAUAAAUACAGUGCAAUUAUUCAAAUAAUACAGUAACACAAAAAAAUUGGAAAAAUGGAAAUAAACCACGACGAUUCACAUCGUAUUGAUAUAAACUUUGAAAAUAUUGUCUAUUCUGUGCCGGUGCCGAAGCAAAAAGAGAAAAAGAUUGUGCUGAAAGGCGUUUCAGGAAGGUUCAAGUCUGGCGAGUUGACAGCAAUUUUGGGCCCAAGUGGCGCUGGAAAGUCAUCAUUACUUAAUAUUCUUACAGGUUUCACCACCAAAGGCGUCAAAGGAACACUAGAAAUGGGCAAAAAGUCAUCAAACAGUGCACAAAAGUUAUGCAGUUAUAUUCUACAAGAUGAUAAUCUCUAUCCAUUUUUUACGGUCAAUGAAACCAUGUUAAUUGCCACAAAUUUAAAGAUUUCAAGCCGCUGUAUGAGCCACAAUGAUAAACAAAUUUUGAUUGAUAAUAUUUUGGAUACUUUACACUUAGUACAUGCCAAAGAGACUCGUUGCAGAAAUCUUUCCGGUGGUCAGAAGAAGCGACUUUCAAUAGCAUUAGAGUUAAUUGACGAUCCACCAAUAUUGUUUCUAGACGAACCUACGACCGGGCUAGACAGUUCAUCAUCAACAUAUACGAUACGUCUAUUACACAAUUUAGCACGUGAGGGAAGGACGAUUGUUUGCACGAUACAUCAACCAUCAGCAACUAUAUACGAGAUGUUUGAUUUAGUCUAUGUCUUAGCAGAGGGUUAUUGCAUUUAUCAGGGAUCACAUAGCAAUACAGUUCCAUAUCUUGCAUCACAAGGAUUUCAAUGUCCACAAUUUCACAAUCCAGCUGAUUACUUACUGGAAGUAGCAAACGGUGAAUAUGGAAACUUUACAUAUCAAUUAGCAAAAGCUGCAAUUGGUGAUCAGUGGAGAACAUCGUCAUCGACUGUUUAUAUUAAAGAUGAAUAUGAGAAUGAAUCUAAUUCCGAUCGUAAUGAUGAUGGAAUCUCAAAUGAUACAGAAGAGAAGCGUAUUAGUGUCUAUACCAAAACAAGUGAAAGUGAGAAUUUAUCUGGCAAAUUGAGCUUUAAGUCAAGCAUUAAGACAACGCCAUCAGAAUGGACACGAUUAUGGAUUCUUAUAUCUCGAUGCAAUGUUUUACUCUUUCGAGAUUGGACAGUGACACAUCUCAAGUUGCUACUUCAUUUCAUUAGUGCUGUUAUUAUUGGACUUUAUUUUGGUGACGCCGGCGUCAAUGCAAACAAAAGUAUAUCGAAUAUUGGGUUUCUUAUUAUCAAUGCAGUUUAUUUAUGGUACACAUCAAUGAUGCCAGCUGUCUUAAGAUUCCCAGCUGAAAUCUCAAUUCUCAAGAAGGAAGUCUUUAACAAUUGGUACAAAUUGCGGACAUACUAUAUCGCAACUUUAAUCACUUCCACACCUAUUCAUACACUUUUCGCACUCGUGUAUGCAACUGUUGUGUAUUUCUUAACAGAACAGCCACCAGAGCCGGGACGAUACUUAAAAGUAAUGUUGGUUUAUAUUUUGUGUACAAUAACGGCAGAUGGAUUUGGAAUUAUGCUUGGCACUCUUGUUAAUCCUGUGGUAAGUCGACUGAAUAACUGGAUAUAUUUUGGACACAUUAAUUCGUUUAUUUUUACAGAACGGCACAUUCUUUGGAGCAAUCUCUUCAUGCUUUAUGAUCGUAUUCUGUGGAUUUCUCGUCUUGUUCAAGCACAUGCCAGUCUUCAUGCGAUAUGUCAGUGACUUAAGUUUACAUAAAUAUUGUCUAGUUGCGCUUACUGUGGCGACUUACGAGAAUGGAAGACCUGAUAUUAUGUGUCCUGAGGAUAGCUUCUAUUGUCACUACAGCAAGUCAUCAAUAAUUAUGAAGGAACUUGGUGUUGAGACCGAGACUUAUAGCUUAAAUGUCCUCAAAAUUAUCUUUCAACUAGUUCUCUUUAAAGGAAUUGCAUUCUUUACACUCAGGAGGGCUUUAGUGAAAGGAUAAUUAAUUUAUUUUAUGUAUUUUGAGAAUUUAUUUGGAACCAGACACAAUUUGAUGUGAAUAUUUAUUUUAAUUUAAUAUUUAACGUGGGAUCAAAUUUUUAGAAUAAUAAAAUGAUGGAUUCUAGCUUUAUUAUUGAUCAA